AUGCUGAUGCUGAUGCUGAUGCUGAGCGUAUUUUUUCAUUAAGCUGUACACAUCACCGUAAAUGUUGUUUUCAUGUUUUCAUGGUAACUUCAUGUAGUAGUCAUCUAUACACUUACAAGACUUGUGGUAAAGGCAAUAAAACUCUGCUACAAGUUUACCCAGAUAAUUAGUCGACAUUGAACCACAGAGUGAGUAGAAUACUGGCAGUGCAUACGUACGCGUACGCGUUUCAUAUCUCAAACUGGACAUCCACGUCCAGGAUUUAUCGCAAAGUAAAUAUUUGGAGAAGUAGAGAGAACUAUUCCUUUUAUGAGUGCUUAUAAAAUAAGUAGAUAGUGUGAGUGUUCUGUUGUGUAAGGUUACACUUCAAGUGUAGAAUAUGUUAAAUCGCAUGAAAACCAUCCUAAUGUAUCUUUUGACGUUGCUGUUGUUGCUAGCCGGUCUGCAGCUUCAAAUGAUCUCUGCAGAAAUAAGUUCACAUUCAAAAGCAUACGGUAUAAAUAGUUUACAAAAGCACAAUCGACACCACCAACAACACCAACAUGAUAGCGGACUGUCUACGGACUCUUCCGCUACUUUAACUAAGUCUUCGAUUCCCUCCUCCGCUAGCAUUGUAAACACAGAUUUUGUAAAUAAAAUGUCAUGGACAUGCAUUAAUAAUGCCAGUUGCCUGUAUACGCUGGCCAGCAGUCUGCUGAGUUCGUAUCGGCGGGGAGAGGCGGUUCGACUAGGCUUAUUUGAUGUAGUGAAAUUGCCGCCACCGAACUACAAAACCAAAGCCAAAUGGUCAACUAACACAGCAACAGGUCGCAGUCUAUCAACAUUUGUGGAUUUCAUCAGCGGCAAUGCUAUCCGUAUACCUGUUGGACCAGUUAUGUUCAGUGUGCAACGAGCCGAAGAUGAUGCCGAUUAUAUAGAAAUCGCUCUACUGAAAAAAGCCACCAUGAGUCAAGCACGUUUGGGUGGCGACAUUGGUGGUGGUGGUGGUGGUGGCGGCGGCGGCGGCGGCGGAGGUGGAUUUUUGAAGAAAAGUAAAAGCAAGGACGAAGAUAAAAAAGAAAUGCAAAUGUAUAUACCAUUGUAUCUGGCCGCCACCACAUUUGGCUGGACGAUGCUGGCAGUCAAAGCUGUCAGUGUAUUAACGCUAAAGGCAUUGACUCUCUCGAAAAUCGCAUUCGUAGUGGCUGCUUUAGUGCUCAUUAAGAAACUAAUGGACAACACAUCCGAUAAAAUGGUGUACCAUUAUCCCGAACAUGCGCCGUACAUGAUGCCUUACAGUAUGGAUUAUAGCAUGCAUUCGAUGCCUGCCGCCCCUGUUGAGAUGGCUACGGCGGACAUGUAUUCAGCGGGCAUGCCAAUGCACGCUGCCGUUUCAUCUUUGGGAAAUCCUGGUGUUCAAGGUCAUCCUGGCUUAGAGCAUUUCUCCGCCGAGAGUAGCUUACAUCCAAUAAGUACUGACGUACACAAUAAUACACAAGUUUUAGCCGCUUUAAAUGCUGUCGGACUGGGCCAACCAGCCGUUAAACGUACAGACUCAUUGCUAGGCAGAACCACCGCUGCCCGAAGACCAAUAAUUUAUAAUUAUUUAAAUCCGUAUAAAACAUGAGAAGCCGAAGGAAGAGGAAAAAGGACAUACCGGGCCAAUAAUAAAAAAAAAAAAAAUCAGUCAACAGUUUUAAUAGUUUUUAGUGAUAAUUUUACCAAAUAAGCGAAACGAACAUCAAUGGGAAAAGCCAAAAAAAAACAUUAUUUAUUUAUUUAUUUAUUUAGUUUAAUUACAACCUAGAAGAAAUGCGCACACUUUUAAACUUUAAACGAGUAGAAACCGAAAUCUUUGAAAAAGAGAUAGAGA